AUUUGCAGUUUGAGUGUUCAUUUUCAUUUUUUUCCUGUUGUUUUCUUCUGUUCACCCCCCCCCCCUUUUUUUUUUCUCGGCGAGGGUGGGGGAAGAGAGGGAGAGGUGUUGCAGUUGGUACUCUGGCAAAGGGCGAGCAGUUUGCUGCAGUCGUCUGUGCUUUUACUUUUCCCAUCAUGAUAAAGCGAUACUUUCUUUUUGACAUUUCCACCAUCAUACGCGAUCUUCUUGUCACAUAUGCAUAUUUAUGCAAAUUUAUUUCUUUUUUACCCACUUCGGUCUCGUCCCUUAUAUCUCCCUUGCACCAUAAUUUGUUUGGAGGCAUUUUGCUGCAAUCAGCUAUUGGAAAGGCUCUGAGGUUCUGUGUGAGAUGUUUACAAAGUAGCUUUGCUUUACAGGGAAAUAAACAGAAGAGUGUGGAGGAGAGGAGGGAAAAAAUAUCUGCAGUACAGGCAGAGAAAGAAAGAGCGAAGCCACAGUUUCUUUUAAGAGCGAAGAGGGGCAGGAGCGGUACCUCAUGCUCUGUGUGAGCCUGUGGUUUUCAGGGAAACACAAAACCAACACGUAGGGUUUUUGGUUAACCACUUUCCGUGCCACCACCACAGCCACGAAAAAGCAAAAAGGGACAGGGAUGGGGACCGGCGGGAGGGACAAGGGAGGCGGCUGCUCAGAGGAAAUCUUGGAUCUUCUGGGAUUAAGCGGUUCACCCGCUUUCGCUUAAGCUAUUCCGUGGUGGGUCCCCCUUCCCCCCAUUUUUUCCCCCUUUCUUUUCUCCUGCUCCUUCUCUUUUCUUCUUUUUCUUUAUUUCCUUUCCGGGCACGGGUAAAAUGCCCGCUUUUGUGGUGGGCAUGGGCUUCCGCACGUGAUGGAGCGGGGACUGGCACUGGGGAGAGCCAGCGUGCGCGGACCGGUGGCGGGGGGAGCGGGGUGGAAAGAAAAGGAGAAAAAAAGAGACAAGCACCACCACCACUCACCCCCACCCCCCCCCACACACACACUCCUCCCCAGCUCGGCAGUAAAUCGGCUUCUCUGCAAAGCUGGGGCGGGGGCGGGCGAGGCGGGGGCUGGCGGCGUGAGGCGCCUCCGCGGCCGCCGUGCUUUGCCCCUUCCCCGCGGGAGAGGCCGCCGGCAGCCCCGCACCGCCUCGGGGAGCGGGGGCGGCCCCGCCGCAGCCGCCCUGAGGGACGGGGCCCGGGCAGCCGCCGUUCCGCCCGCCCGCCCCCGCACACAUCUCGCGGGCGCGCAGGGUCGGGGCGGGCAGGGCGCGUCCCGCGCUGCCGCUGCGGAAGGGUUUAAUCACAUACUACUGUUGGAGAACUGGAAUGGUUGUCAGUCUACGUGAGCAGUGAAAUCUCCAGUAAAAGUGCCACUGUCAUAUGGAUAGAUUUAAGGCAUUACCAUAGCUUUGAAUAAAGAUUGUCCUAAACUUCAACAUCUGAUUCCUCUAUGGGUGUGUAUGAAAAGCUGCAGUGUUGCCAGCCUUCCCCUGCAGCAAGUGUCCAGAUGGACACUUUGAUAGUUUAUGUAGGGUGUUUCACACAUUCCUUAUUCAUAUUUUAGAAUUUGUUCCUUUCAGAUGUGUGUUCACAUAGCCAUCCACUGGUACUUAUUUCCAAUUUACAAAGAUAAUCACGGUGUUUACACUGAACUGAGGCCUGUGUUUGCAGCUGUUAUAAUAGAUUGCACUUGCAGGGAGUGGUUUGGUUGUAGAGAGUCAAACCAUUCAUGAGGAAGUAUUCAUUGUGAGUAAAAUUGCUGAAUUUACAAUCUGUGUGCUGAUCAACUUAAUCAAAAAAAGAAUAAAUUAUAAGAAGUGC